CCCACUUUUCACACAUGGCAAUUGGACCCCCUUGCCACUAUAUAAUUAACCAUCUUCACCAACUUCCAUUUCAUCAGCCUCAACAACCCACCUCAUUCAACUUUCUUUCUAAGUCUUUUUUCGCCAACAAAUUUGCAAGUUCGUUUCUUCUUAAGCCAUGGCCACUGCUUCCUCAGCCAGUGCUGCUCUUAGAGUCAUUUCUUCUUCCUCAUAUAAGCUACCCUCUACCUUCCCAACUACUAAAAAGAUCCAAUCUUUUAAACUCUCUAACCCCCUCAUUUCUCAAACUCUUAAGCUUACCACCUCCACUACUACUUCCAGAUCAUUUUCCUGCAAGAGCCAAAGCACCUCAACAGAUUCCUCAACCAGUAAAGUUCAAGAACUUAGUGUCUAUGAGCUCAAUGAACGUGACCGUGGAAGCCCUGCUUAUCUGCGAUUGAGCCAAAAGAAUGUCAAUUCACUCGGAGAUCUUGUCCCCUUUAGCAACAAACUAUAUACAGCAGACCUGAAGAAGAGAAUUGGAAUAACAGCAGGACUCUGCAUUCUGAUCAAGCACGAAGAGGAGAAAAAAGGGGAUCGCUAUGAAGCAGUUUACAGUUUCUACUUCGGUGAUUACGGUCACAUCGCCGUACAGGGACCGUACUUAACCUACGAGGACACUUACCUCGCCGUCACCGGUGGAUCCGGCAUAUUUGCAGGGGUUUCCGGUCAAGUAAAAUUGCAGCAACUCAUCUUCCCUUUCAAGCUAUUCUACACUUUUUACUUGAAGGGCAUACCGGAUCUGCCAUCGGAGUUGGUGGUUACGGCGGUUCCUCCGUCGCCGACGGUGGAGCCGACGCCGGAAGCUAAAGCUUGUGAAGAGGGGUCCACACUGAAGAAUUUCACUAAUUGAGUGGGGGUGUGAGUGUACAAUCACGACUUUUGUUGGGGUCGUUUUGGAAUAAUCAAUAAUGAUGAGCUGUAGGAUAAAGUAGAAAAAAUCAUUCUCCUUUUGAUUGCAUUUUUGGUAUCUUAAUUAUUGUUGUACGGUUAACUAUUUUACUAUUGCUGCAUUUUAUCCCAACCCAAUGUAAGAUUUCAUUUCAAUUCCUUUUGGCUUUGUCUACUAGUAUUAUGAGGUCCAGAAAAAAGAAAAAAUUGGUAAUAAUACUGUAUUUUGUAGUGCAAGGAUAUAUAUCUAUUCAAGGUUUCAUAGUGUUGUACCACUCCUAUUGAAAUUGAAAAUGACACGUUUUUCUUAUUUUUUAUA